ACAUAUAGUUGCGACGUCUGACUAACGACUAACGACUCAUUGUAGACCGGGCCUUAAAGUUACACGUCGGCGAUUUCUGUUGGUUAAAAUUCGUACCAUCGGAUAAAUUCGCACGGAAUACCGAGUGCACAUAGUAACUUCGUGCGAUCGUACGUUUUUUGUGUUUCCUUUCCUGUCGCGUGUGAUUUUUUGUGAUUAAUUGUGAGGCGUUACACAAAGUGCUAUGAAAUCCCAUUAAUCGUCACUCGAGAUCUGGUCAAUCACGUCGCGAUUUGCCAUCGAUGCUUGGCGAGACAGAUAUCGUCGCAUCGAUAGUUGAAAGUUACACGUCGGCGAUUUCUGUUGGUUAAAAUUCGUACCAUCGGAUAAAUUCACAAGGAAUACCGAGUGCAAAUAGUAACUUCGUGCGAUCGUACGUUUUUCGUGUUUCCUUUCCUGUCGCGUGUGAUUAAUUGUGGGGUGUUACACAAAGUGCCACGAAAUCCCAUUAAUCGUCACACGAGAUCUGGUCAGUCAUGUCACGAAACCGCAGCGUCGGCCGCCGCGGGACGAGCGAGGCAGGCUCGGAAGCCACCCUUGCUCUCGAAGGCGUGAAAAAGGAGAGGGGACCCCCGGCUCCGUAAUUCCGAAUCGAGCUAUCGAGUUCGAUGUCCGGCGUGACGGGAGGAGGAACGCGGGAAUUUGCAAGAAACCGAGGCGGGACUUUCUUCACGUUCCCGUGCGAUAAAGAGAAGCUGGGGCAUAGUUAAUAAUCAGCGCGCAGAGCAGCGAGGCGUUGACACUCACCGUGAAGAAAAAAGACGGAGAAGGCGAAAGAGAGAGUUGACAGUUGCGGGAUCAACUGAAAUCCUCGGCUUCCGCUAGUAAAAAAUAAACGUUAGUCGUUCGGCAGUGAUAAGCGAAGAGAACGGUUAGCAACCGAUUGAGAGCUACACAAUUAAACCGGUCACCGGAUGGUUGGACAAGAGUCGAGCGCGAAGAUCUUCGAGGACGAGAGCGCUCUUCGAGCUUUCAAGUCUCGCCGGCGCGGUGGAGAGAGAGAGGCAACGAGAGGGAAACGAGUGAGGCUACGUGACGCGCGGGACUCGUCAUUUUCGAAAUACCGGCAAGUCGCGAUAAGAUAGCGAACGGCCGUUGGACGAUAAUAAACAGUCGCGCCCGCCGAGGGGGGUCGUGAUUCUCGGUGUCGAAGGACGCGCGGUUGGCAUUGUUGAUAGUCGCGGGGCAGCCGCCUCGGGGAAAGGAGCUCGAGUGCGCGCUCGCUCGAUUCGGAGCUUCGACGUGAAUCGAGAUUGCGCAAGAUCGUCGCCGGAAAAGGAGGCCCGCGUUACUCAACGCGCCGUUAAGGAUCUCGCGCGCGAGGGAAGAGUCGUACGCGCCAGGCGGAAUCUCGUAAUCGCGGUUACGUUCGUUCGCCAGGUGGAGAAGGACGCAAUCGAUCGGCCACGGCUCCCUCGCGGUCGCCGGGAAUUGGCGGCGAAGGCUCUAAUUAACGCUGCCGUUAAUAGCUCCGUGCCUGAGCAGCGACGACUUCGGCCGAUGAUUAAUAGAUAACCGUCGAUCAAACAUACCUGAUCGGGGAUCGAGGAACGAGAGCGGACUCCCGCUGUUUCUUUUCGAGAUAACAGCUUUGUGCCUCGACACUGCGAUGUAAUUAUCGAUUCCCACUCGAUCUACAUAAUCCUCAAACAGCCGAACGAGACUCGUCCGUUCUCUCCUUCGCUCUUUUCACGGAAACGGGAGAGAAUUCAACGGAGAUUAAUUAGCGAUCGGUGAUUACACCGCCGCGGAAUUGAACAGUGGCGACUCGAGCAGAUAAUUGACGCCACGGCAAUUAAUUCCGCGAGUGCGUCGCUCGCGAUUGUCGCGUGUGUGCCCGAGAGGUACAUCGGAUUGUGCGCGCGAGUGGUCAGUGUCCUGCCGCGGGCCAGGAUGUGAGCGCAGCGGUAAAGUGCAAAGUGAUGUAAUUGGUGCGUCCGCCGCGGAGGCGAUGUGUGAUGCCAGCCCAGCCCGAAUGACACUUGGCCCACGCAGCUGAUGACAAACGUAAACAGGAUCAAGGUGGUCGUCCUCGGCGGCCCCAGAGUCGGCAAAUCAGCUGUGGUUGUGCGGUACUUGACGAGGCGAUACAUCGGCGAGUACAGCUCGACCAGCGAUUUUCUCUACCGACACAGCGUCACUAUCGACAAUGUCACGACGGAGGUCGAGAUACUUGACACGUCCAGGUGCGAGGAGAACGGCUGCCUGUACUCGCAUAUACGAUGGGGCGAGGCCUUCGUCGUGGUCUACAGCGUGACAUGUAAGCGGAGCUUUCAGGAAGCCCGUGGACUUCUCAAGCAACUCGCGGAUCUGCGCCUGCCGUCCUAUUUCACCGCCCUCCUGCUCGGCAACAAGAGAGAUUUGGAUCAUGCACGAGAAGUGUGCGUGGAUGAGGGCCAGCAGCUGUCACUGGCGCACGGAUGUCAGUUUUACGAGGUGAGCGCCGCGGAGAGUCCCGCGGGAGCGGCGUUGGCCUUCCAGGCGCUCCUGCGGGAGGCGAGGUCGGUCCAGCUUCUGCGAGCGUUGCCGAUCCGCAGGAAGCUGGGCGUGCACUCGGUCUCGAGAGUCCUCGGGACAAUCUUCGGCAAGAACACCACCAAGGAUCGUAAGAAGAGGCCGUCGUUGAGCAUAUGACGCCUUCUAUGCGCCCUCCUCCUCGGAGGACGAGAUGAGCCAGGCAGGAGAACCGACAUCGUCGUCCUCAGCAGCAACGUCUACUCCAAUCGCUGACGAGGUCCGAGCCAAGGAUGUAGAAUUUCCCUUGUGCCUUCCUGAAAAAAGGCCGCCAUCAUCGGGAUCAGAAGACCGUUCUCGGUCUUGCCAGCGUCCUUUCUUUCAAGAACCUUGAAGAGAAAUGCAUUUGCCAAUCAAUCUCCAAGGCAGUCAAACUCGGUCCUGAAGCAUGUUAGAGGACCUAAACUCCGAGGACAUAAGACUGAUUUUCUGGCUUUGAGGACACGCACGGUCCAAGGAACAACACUCCCUGGAAGUCCGUCGUGCGAAAUGUUUAAGGGCUCUUUUCAACAUCUGGCAGCCGAAAGAUCCAGACUCCGAAAAAGUUUCAGUCGUGGAGGGCGACACUUAUUUUUUGAAAAGAAAACUGUUUCGUGUGCCGAAGAAGAAUAUUUACAUGGUGUUUGCGUGUGAUCGCACUUGCAGUGGCGGGAGAGAAGCGCGUCGACGAUCAGAGAUCGUUUGCGAUACGCACGAUGCAAAGGUACUUUUUUUAAAUAUUGCAAUAAUUUCACAGUGAUUACAAGUGACUGGCAAGUUGUUCCUGAAUGACGUAGUCUUUAGAACCGUUUAUCGUGAAUGAUCUUACGGUUGCGAAUCGCUCCGCAAUCGGUUCCGCGAGUGUAACUUUUAUAAUUUGGGAUACAUACAAUACUUGCAUAUCACUCGGUCUUUUAAGAGAUUAACCCUAAACAGUGUAUAGGAAACCAUAAGCUGUCUUGUGUUAUUUUUUUCCGUGAUAUUUAUAAAUCAAAAUUUUUCCAAGAAUAUUCAUAUAUAAUUUUU